AUGAUGAUGGCAACUGCCACCACACUAUCAUUCUCAAGUGGUGGUGUACCGACGACAACUUUGAAUACAAGUGGAUCACGUGAUACGUUGGUACAGCAUCUACAUUCUAGCUUCUACAAAAACACCGAUAAUCAUAGUACAGGCAGUCUCUAUUCAAAGGACGACAAUGAAGAUGACGACGACAUGUUCUACGACUGCUUGGAAACCAAUCCUUCAUGGACUUCAUCGCUGACUCCAAGUAAUUUGACACCUCGAGGUGCUGGUUUCCAUAGCUACAACAACAUGCUCAGAAGCAGUGGUGCUGCAAUCGGAGUCGAGAAACUCUCUCCACUUCCACCAUCAACCACACCACUGCCGUCGCCCAUUCAAUCCGCACCUUCAUUGUUACACACCACAACAACUGCUACAAUAACAUCAACAUCGUCAUCAUCAUUACUAUCAACAACUACAACAAUAAUGUCUUCUACUUCCACUUCAUCAUCAAUAUCGACAACAUCCACAAACAACAGUACAAAUAAAACAAUGUCAAUCUCACCACAAUCUGCAUUGUCUACAUUGUCCAAAGAUUCUCCAACACAAUCCACCAGUUCUUCCCCUUCCACUUCACCAAAUAUUUCACCGUCUUCCUCUCCUUCGAUGAGUGCACUACACUACCACCCAUCAUCCUCACAUUCAAGCACUUCUUCCUCAGCAGCAUCACAACAAGCAAAUAACAAUAGCAACAAUAACACUGUUAAAUCAAAGAGAAACUCUAAAGUAUUAAAUAUCAUCAAGACAAAACGUGAGGAAUUACACAACUUGUUUAGUAGCAGCAAUAAUAGCAGCAGUCACAACAAAGAUAGAGCAGAAUUGACUCAAUCUGAAUCUUCAAUUGACUACAAAGAUCAUCAAGCAUCACAUGUCCCACAUCAUCAUUCAACUCCAUCUUUAUUAACUCAACCACCUCCACAAGAAAGUGGCGGUAGAUUAAGAAAAUUAAUUAAACGAUAUUCACAAGCUGAGAAUAAUGUUUGUGAACCAAACAUGUUAAAUACAAGUAAUGGUAUGCCAAAUAUACAAAUGAAUAAUAAUAAUAGUCCAAAUAAUAUAAAUAAUAAUAACAACAACAGUAAUAGUAAUAAUAAUGAAAAAGAGAGAAGAGUUUCAAGAUGGUUGAAAAACCUUCACCAUCAUCACAGCAACAAUAGCAAUAGCAAUAGUGUUCCAAACAAUUUGAAAAAGAAAUCAAAAGACUUGUGUACCGAUUUUAGUCUGGUUCAAACUGUGAAAGGACACAAUGGAUCGAUAUGGGCUGUCGACUUUAACCUCAGCGGCACUCUAAUGGCAACCGGUGGCUCCGAUGGUGUUGUACGUGUAUGGAAAGUGAUCAACCAAGUCUCACCGGACCUGAAUGAACACGACUACUUCAAAAGCGAGCCGAUUGCCCAAUUCACUGGACACACCGGACAUAUUCUGGAUAUCAAAUGGAUGAGUGACACAAGACUCCUGACAGCAUCGAUCGACACCAACGUCAAACUCUGGGAUGUAAAAUCAAACGAAUGUAUUAGGACUUUCGAGCACAAUGAUAUUGUAGUUUCAAUAAGUCUAGACAUUUCACAAUCAAUGUUUUACUCAUCAACUUUGGAUGGAUUCAUUAGAAAAUGGUCAAUCAAUAAUAAUGAUGAUCAACCUAUCGUUCAAACUGAAGUCGGUGAAUUUAUAACAACCAUUUCUCUAUCUAUUACACCCCACUAUCUCAUCGUCACCUCGCAUCUCGGCAAUAUCUUGAUCUACAGUCCAGCCAACCUCGAAAUGAUUCACAGAUUCAACGUCAGUGAGAAUCACACUGGCAAAAAAGGAAAAGGUCCCAAAAUUACUGGUGUUACUCUUAUUACGAGUCCUAUCCAUGAAGAUUGUCUUUUAAUUAGUUCGAAUGACUCUUGUAUUAGACAAUAUUCAUUGAAAGAUUUCAAAAGAAUAUGCAAGUAUAAAGGUAUGCACUUGGAGAACUAUCAAGUGAAACCUGUGAUCUCACCAGACCGCAAGUAUAUCAUCAUUGGCAGUGAAGAUUCUCAUAUCUACAUCUGGAACAACAUUACCGAGCAUCCCUCUUACAAUGAAGAAGCGAAGCCAAGCAAACUGACCAUCGAGUGCUGUGAAUUCCUUACUGCUCUCAACAAACCACUCACCUCUACCAUAUUUGCGCCAUCCAUAAUCGAAAACAACAUUGGAAAAUAUUUAAUUUCCACCGAUACCACUGGAACCAUAUUAAUCUAUAAUAAACAUUAA